ACUUUGUGUGCCACAAACAUGGCUGCUGCUGUCAUCUGUCCGUCAAAAAUCCCAAAUUCGAAUUUGUUUUGGUUAAAAACCGCAAAAAAUGUGUUUUAAAUGGGAUGUUUACUAAUUUCCUCUUUACUAAAUGUAAGCGCACGAUUCUGUAGCACUGGGGCACGUCCAGCAAUCAUGAGAUACCUAAACGUGGCCGAGAAAAACGAUGCCGCCAAAAAUAUCGCUGCAAUUCUGUCCCGGGGGGCUUCACAGAAGCGUGAGGGCUUCUCGCCCUACAACAAAAUCUACGAAUUCGACGCGACCGUGAUGGGCCAACAGGCCCACAUGAUCAUGACUUCGGUUUCAGGCCAUUUAUUAAAUUACGAAUUCGGGCCCAGUUUUCGCAACUGGAAGUCGUGCAAUCCUGUUGCACUGUUCGACGCACCGGUUGUUAAAAUGUGCCCGGAAGAUUACCAAAAAAUUAAGCGCACUUUAGAGCGGGAAAUCAGGUCGUGUCAGGGGCUGAUAAUCUGGACCGAUUGCGAUCGCGAAGGGGAAAAUAUCGGGUUUGAAAUAAUCAAGGUUUGUAGCGACGUUAAGCCCAAUUUGAGGAUUUAUCGCGCCAAGUUUUCCGAAAUCACGGCCGCUUCCAUAUUUAGGGCCCUAAAUACGCUAGGACAACCCAACAAGAACGUAAGUGACGCGGUUGAUGUACGACAAGAGUUGGACUUGAGGACAGGAGCUGCUUUUACCAGAUUGCAAACCCUGCGGUUACAGAGAGUUUUCCCCCAAAAGCUCGCCGAUAGACUGAUAAGUUACGGCUCUUGCCAGUUCCCCACUUUGGGGUUUGUGGUAGAAAGGUACCAAGCCAUUCAGGAUUUCAUCCCAGAACCGUUUUGGAAAAUCAAAAUGAAUCACACUGUGAACGACAUAACGACCGAAUUCACGUGGAAACGCGACCGCCUCUUCGACAAAAACGCCUGCGAGGCAAUUUUGGACAUUUGUAAGGAAUCUCCAAACGCAACCGUCGAAAAGGUCGAAGGCAAGCCCAAAAGCAAGUGGCGCCCUUUGCCCCUAGACACCGUCGAAAUGGAGAAAACCGUCUCCCGAAAACUCAAAAUCACGGCUAAAGACACGAUGAAAAUCGCCGAAAAACUGUACACUCAAGGGUUGAUCAGUUACCCCCGAACCGAAACAAACAUCUUCCCUAAGGAAUUAAACUUAGCGAACUUGGUAACAUUGCAACAAAACGACCAACGUUGGGGCGCUUUCGCGCACCGCAUAAUGAACGAAGGGGGCCCCGCUCCCAGACAGGGCAAAAAGUCAGACCAGGCCCACCCUCCCAUACACCCAACAAAACACGCGGAUAAUUUAACGGGAAAUGAGCAACGCGUUUACGAAUACAUCGUGCGCCAUUUCCUAGCUUGCGUCCACAAGGACGCUCAAGGUUUCGAAACCGUGGUCACGGCGGACAUUGCUGGGGAAAAAUUCACAGCCAAAGGGCUAAUAAUCUUGGAAAAAAACUACCUCGAAGUGUACACCUACGAAAAAUGGAACGCCAAAGAAAUCCACAGCUACCAACAAGGCGACACUUUCAUCCCCUCAGUUUUGGAGCUUUACGAAGGCGCAACUGCGCCCCCGAAGUUACUAACCGAAGCCGACUUGAUCGCGUUGAUGGAAAAGCACGGCAUUGGGACCGAUGCCACCCACGCCGAGCACAUCGACACUAUCAAAACGCGGGAAUACGUGGGCUUGCAUGAAAAUAUUUAUUUCGUCCCGGGCACCCUUGGCAUGGGCCUGGUUGAGGGUUACAAUAAUAUCGGGCUAGAAGUGAGUCUGGCUAAGCCGAUUCUACGGGCCGAUUUUGAGAAGGACUUGAAGCUGAUUUGCGACGGUUUGAAAGACCCGGAAGUUGUGCGGAGAGAACAAAUUCAGAAAUAUCGGGCGGUUUUUGAAACUGUGGUUGAGAAAAUGAGGCAAAUUGACGAAUGCUUGGCUAAUCGGCUGGCUGAUCGGCCACAGGUCGUUGAGGAUGAACACUAUGAGAAUGUGGAAGUUAGGCCGGUUUUGAAAUGUCCAAAAUGUGGGAAUGAUAUGACCAUUAGGAACAAAAAAAAUAACGCGGGGAAGUUUAUCUCGUGUACGGGUUAUCCAGACUGUCGGAAUGCGAUCUGGUUGUCGCAAAAUGUGGAGACUAUUGAAGUUUUGGACGAGAGUUGUCCGCAGUGCGGACCUAAUGUAAAACUAGUAAAAAUGAAAUUCAAACAAAACGUUUUUGUUGGCGAACCUAACCCUAACACACUCUGUAUCGGAGGCUGCGAUAUCAACGUCUUGGAAGCUUUAGACAUCAACCUUUCGUCAGUUAAAAGAACAAACGGGGUACGAAAUAACCAAAAUCACAAUAAUCACCAAGCAAACGCUAACAACGUCCCGAAUAAUAAUCAUAAUAACGGCCACACUCAAAACCACCCAAACCCACGUCGUGACAGUUGGCCCUCAAAUACCACCACAUUUAACCCAACUCCUGGCCCUUCAGGACCAUCAAACCGCUCAAACACAACCAUGAACCAGGACGACAUCGUCUGCGCUUGCAACUUAGAGGCCGUACAACUAACCGUACGCAAAGACGGCCCCAACAAAGGCCGCAAAUUCUACAAGUGCAAAAACCAAACUUGUGAUUUUUUCCUGUGGGCCUCAGACGAGCCAACAAAUGCCAACACCACAAUAAACAGUCAGCAGCAAAACGACGUUAAAUGCAAGUGCGAUUUACCAGCGUCUCGGCGGACGGUGUCAAAAGAGGGCCCCAACAAAGGGCGCCCCUUUUACUGUUGCCCGAAACCGAUGGGACAAGGAUGCGGGUUUUUCCAAUGGGCGGAUGAGGACAACGAUGGGGGCGACGGCGGCGGCGGCCCUGGCGAUGACGGACCCGGGGGUGGCCCCCAGCGACGAGCCCCCAAAACAAAAACUAGCCGAGGCGCGCCACCUUACCGGGCGAAACGAAAAUGUAGCAAGUGCGGGCAAGAGGGCCACACAAAAAACAAGUGCCCCAAUUGAGUUAUCUUGUACAAAUAAAUUAAGAAUAAAAUUAUUUUUAUAUUCGAA